AUGCCAUCGAUCAGAUUUCUCCCCGUAGAAUGGCAUUCCGUUAUCCACACUCGAGAUGACGCCGUUAAGCGGCAAUUGGAGGCUAUCACUCUCCCAUCUGUGCCCAUCCUACGUAAUAAUGACCUUACCUUUAUAAUACGCUACCCUGGCCGCGCAGGUUCUAUGACCAACGACUGCAUUUCCGAUGUUUUAUUCUACCAAGGCUCUGAGUACCAGUAUAAAAUUAGAGAAGAAGUUGUACAGAACAUCAAUAAUACGAUACCUGCCAGAGAGCGUCUAAGCUUCGGUCCUCAUUGUCGUGUAGCUUGUCUAUUCUUGAUCGGCUCUCCUGUGGCGCUCUUCCUCACCUGCCGAGGUUCCUGUGCUAAUAUCAUACCAGAACACAUCUGUGAUCGUAUGUUCAACGUCUUCAACCCAACGGACCCCGUGGCGUACCGCAUAGAGCCCCUCUUGAGCCUCCGGUUGAAGGACGCUCCUCCGGAGCAUGUGCCUGAUUAUGGUGGAGGAGGUGGUGUGAGAGCCCAUGUACAGUUGAAGGGGGUCAUGAAGGCCUUGGCAGACUCCGCCUAUGACGUUGCCACCAAGGAUGGUGGUAUAAAGAAAGCGUUUAUAGCUCCGAUGAAGUCUUUGCUUGGGCUGGAUGCGGAUGAGAUAGCGAGUCUCCAGACAGCAAUUGAAAGCAUCAAAACGAUCAAUGGUGGAGAGCGUAUCGACUGGGAGCUUCAGGAGACCUUGAUUGAAUCUGCUAACGAUUACGUCACAGCUGUUGUUAGCCACAAUCGCUACUUCAAUCACGUGGAUUUCGCUGCCUUCGUGAAGGACAAGCUGACGAACAGCUCCUCAUCGUCUGCGGCGUAA